UAUAUAUACGACGAUAUAGUCAUAUAUAUAGUCAUCCAUCCAUUAUACGAUACUUAUAUUAUGGAACCUAGUGAUGUAGUCCCAAAGCAUUUCGGUUGUUUUUCUCCUAAGAGUCUCAAGUUAAGCCUAAACAGCUUUAAAUCGUCAAAGCACUCAAGUUCAAGUAAUUUGAGCUCCCCUAGAUCUCCCGUAUCUCCCAAUGUCACACUUGCACCAAAAAUCGAAACGACUAGCAAACGAGAUCAUUUUCUAAACCAAGUAUUUUGUCGAUUCGAUGGAAACAAUGACGGCAAGAUCUCCGCAUUGGAGCUGAGAUCGUACCUCGCUUCCAUCGGGGAGUACAUUUCCCACGAGGAAGCUCAAGGGGUGAUCGAUGAUAUGGACAGCGACGGAGAUAAUCUAAUCGAUUUUCAAGAUUUUAAGCGAAUGAUGACGAUGAGGAAAGGCGAAGACGAAGGUGAUGAGGUUAUAAGUGAGGAGGAUGAGGAUAUUAAGGCGGCUUUUGAGAUGUUUGAAAUGGAGAAAGGGUGCGGGAGGAUCACACCGAAAAGCUUGCAAAAAAUGUUGAGUCGAUUAGGUGAAGAUAAAUCGUAUGAUGAGUGUGUUAGCAUGAUCCAAGUCUUUGAUGUGGAUGGUGAUGGAGAGCUCGAUUUUGACGAGUUUAAUCAGAUGAUGGCUUAGAAUCUGUUGCUAGCUAUGAUCAGAUCGAACAAUUAAAUCCAGCUCGCUUCUUGUCAUUUUAGUUUAUCGUAUUUGUGUGAACAAUUCUAUGUGCGCGCAGUCUGUUUGAGAUUAAGAAAUGAAAUCAAUAAUUGAAAUUUGUGACUGCAAAAAUUAGGUCACAAAUUAGUUACUACUUA